GGCGCUUGUUUGUUCUCGUUAUAACUGCCAUUUUGUAAAAUUAGGUUUUUUCGUAUAUUUUCCAAAAGAACUUGAGAAGAUUGUUUAUUUUAACUUUUUAGUGUUAUAACUAACACUCUGGAGGUCGUGGGUUCAAUCCCCGACCUGAGCUCAGUAUUUGCACAUUAAUGGCGAUGAGAUGUCAGGGCUUCUAGAUAACUGCAGAUUGCCAGAAUGUGAGUGCAUUCAGAUUGGAGAGCGUAGGAACUUGAUUGCAUCUAUUGUAGCUGGAACACUGUUUUUCAGUGGCUGGUGGAUAGCUAUAGAUGCUGCAGUGAUCUACCCAGACCAGAAGGACAUGCACCACGCCGUACACACGUGUGGGGUCAUAGGCACGCUGGCAUUCUUCUUAAUCAAUUCCGUGUCAAAUGGCCAGAUUCGAGGGGACUCCUACAGCACUGGAUGCAUAGGACAGACUGGAGCGCGUGUGUGGCUGUUCAUUGGUUUCCUGCUGGGGUUUGGAGCCCUUAUUGCAGCCAGCUGGAUCCUCUUUGGCAUCUAUGUCGUGCCUGAGAAACAGCCAGAAUAUGCUGGAAUUGCUAUUUUCUUGCAGAAUGCGUUAAUUUUCUUCAGUGGAAUGGUGUUUAAGUUCGGGCGAUCGGAAGAUAUGUGGGCAUAGAGAUAGCAACAUUUUCACCUGUAUACAUACGUCAUAACAGAAGUUUUGUGCCAUUGUGUUCAAGUUUGGACGCACAGAAGACUUGUGGCAGUAGAGCAUUCACCUCAGCAAAUUAGUCUACUGGAGAAUUCGGGGGGAAAGUACUAGUGCGCAGUCUAAAUUAGUCAAAUCAUAAGAAUUCAUACUAAACUGCAUUCUGAUUUUUUGUGUGCUUAUGUUCCUUACAGGUUAUACUCAGUUUCAUGAAUGAUUGUUUCUUUGCUUUCAGAGAAGUUAUUGAAAACCUUGUAUUAUAUUCAACUACCAUAAUAAUUCUGAAACUAUUGCAAAUACUAUGAAGUUAUUUUACAGCUUUGCAUACAAUACAAUUACAUGUAUAUACAAUGUAUUUGGAUUAGAACACAUCUUGCAUACAUAUUUUACCAGCAAAUAGGCGAGUCCAAUGUUACUUACAUAAUCCAACUGUUUACAAGUCCAAAUACAUCACUGUAUGUUUCACAACGCUGUCAUAUAAUCUUUUUAUAUUAUACCUUUUACAUACUUAUAUUUUUUUUACAUUGUUCAAGAUCAAUAUUUAUAAAAAUUGUCAUGUCUAUGAAAUUAAGAUUUGUGUAGUUAUAUUAAGUGUUUCUCAAGAAUAUCUGGAAAGUUACAUUAAGCAUAUUUGGAAGUGGUACUUAUAAUUUAACCACAUUUUGCAGGUCCGCUAAAAGUUUAGUUGUAAUAUCUUUGUUAUGGAUUCGUUAAGAGUAGACUGAGAAUUGAUUGUUUAAAGUCAGACAUCCAAUAUUUUACAUUAAUUUGACUUAUACCCGUCUAAGACAUUGAAAUAUUUAAAGGUCAAGUGGUAUGAAUGAAGACAGUUGAUUCUAUAGUCUAAAUAUAUAUAUAAAUAUUUUAUAUUAUUCAUGAAACGGAUUAUCAAAUGUUAUGCCUAUAACACAAUUUCAUAUAAGACAUGUUGCAUUAUUUAUGCAUUUGUAAUUGACAUUAUCACAGGGUGUAAUACUGACAUGACAACUUUUAAAAGGGGAAAUAGUCUUGCUUCCCACAAGUGUAGUACUUGCAUGGCAGUUCCUAAGAAGAGGGAUAACCCCACGUUUGGUCAGUGGUUUUGUGUGGCUGGACCAACAAAAAACAUAAUUAAGAACUUGGCCAUUGGAAGUUUGCUAUAAAGCUUAAUUGGUUGGUUGCAUAAACCCACAUAUAUCCUGUCUUUACUCCGAAACUUUCACAUUAAACAUCUGAAGCUUCCAAGCCCCCAAAACGCCUAGCCAUUCUCUGUCCGUGAAACAGUUGUUAUGCAACUCUUUUCUGUUUUUUUGUUUUUGACUGCAUGUUCGGGUGUAAUUAAAUUCUUCAUAGUUUGUUAGGUUAUUUAAGUAAUUUAACAGUUAUGCAAUAAUUACAAUGUACUAACAGUUGCAUAUUAACACUUUAGUCAUCACUGUCCAUGUAUUGUGUAUAAUUGAGUUUGAAUACCAUUUUGUCUGUAUUAAAUAAACACAAUCUUUAUAGGUAGUAUUGGUCUCAAAUCGUACAAGUUAUCCACAUAUUACUACAAAAUUGGUUUAAGGUUUCUUUCACUGUUAUAACCUUGCUCUUGUUUGUUAAGUAUUUCUGGAUUUGUUAACUAUUUUUUGAAGAAAAUGUUAAAUAUAUCAUAAACUUGUGACAUUUAAAUGUACAAACAGAUUAAACUUGUUGCUAUGAAAACGUCUGUUUUUUUCCAGUAUGCUUUUAAAGUUCCUUUACGGAAACAUAUUAAAUGCUUUCAAUGAGCAAGAAAUGAUGAUUAAAUUUGCGUUAUUUGUGUUUAGAAAACAUGUAUAAUAUAAUAUAAUAUAACUUUGUGUGUAUUUUAAUGUGAAAGAACUGUAUAAUAUUUCAACUGAAUUGGAAAACCUAUGUUUUUAUUUAAUAUUUGAGUUACUGUUAAUAAAAAAAUGUUUCUCUUUUGUAAAAUGUAUUCUUCUUGUUGCCUUCUCUAUUGUUGUUAAGAUUUGUAGUAAAUUAUAAAAUCUCA